AUGAGUAAAGUUUUGGUUGUUUUUGGGGCCACAGGUCAACAGGGCAGUUCUGUCGUUUCAUAUGUGAAAGAGAGAAUGUCCGAUAAGUUCAAGAUUCGUGCAAUCAGUCGUGAUCCAUCUAAACCGGCUGCCAAAGCGCUUCAAGAAUCGGGUGUAGAGGUUGUCAAGGCAGAUCUUGGUGAUAAACAGUCGAUUAAACAGGCAUUUAAGGGAGCAGAUACUAUUUUUGCGAUGACUGCGUUAAGUUUCGGGGGACAGAGCGAGUUGGAACAGGGGAAAAUCAUUGCGGAUGCAGCAGUAGAGGAAAAGGUUCCAAAUAUAAUUUGGAGCACAUUGGUGAAUGCAAACGAAAUUUCAAACGGAGAAUUUCCCCAUGUUGUACAUUUCGAUGAAAAGGCCGAAGUUGAGAAAUACAUCCGUAGCUUGCCAAUUAAUAGCUCGUUCUUUUCUCCCGGCUGUUUUAUGCAAAACUUUUCAACCAUGCUCAAGCCGCAACCAGUAGGCGAUGGGAAGUACACCAUGUUCAAUGUUAUGAGACCAGAUUCUGAGUUCCCUUUUCUCGACACAGAGGAUACUGGUAAGUUUGUGGGGGCUAUUCUUAAUGAGCCAGAAAAGUUUCACGGAAAGACACUUAAUGCGGCAAGUGACGUGUAUUCGUAUGAAGCUAUUGCUAAAAUAAUCAGCCACGAUACUGGGAAAAAUGUGAAUUACCAACAAAUACCAGCAAAUACGUUUAGAGAACAAAUACCAGAGCCAAUUGCUUUAGAGAUAACGGAAAUGUUUCAAUACGUCGAUAAAUACAAUCUUUACGGUCCGCAAACGAGGGAAAAGGUCGAAUGGGGAAAACAGCAAAUAUCUGAAAGGCCUAGUACUUUAGAGGAGUUUUUCAGGAAGAAUCCUCUCGGAUUGGAAUAA